AGAAACUUUUUUAUUAUUCCUUCUUAAAUAUAUUUUUGCAAUAUAUUUAUUCUUAUCAUAGAGAAUUUCAAGAGAAUGCAUAUGAUUCUAUUAAAUAAGUUUUAAAUGAGAAUUUAACAGUUUCAGUAAACCAAAUAAUUUUAUAAAUAUGAAAGAAAUUCUUAUUUAUUUUAUAUAACUGUCUGUAAGCCAUGCCUACUACUGUAGUUACAACUUUGUGUUUUAGCCUUUGUCAGUUAAAGAAUCGAUCCCUCCAAAAAUGUUGAAAAUUAAAUGUAUUCUUUUAUAAAAUUGUUUUUAGGGAUGAAACAAAUUUAGCAUCCCCAAAAGUUUCAUCCUAGUUGUACCUAUGAUUUCUAGAAGAAUACUCAUAAUAUAUAAGAAUGUAAUGAAUAUUCAUGUAUAUUUGCUACAUUCUAUUAUGAAUAUUAUUUUAGAUAAUUACUUUUAUUGAAUUUUAAUUAAAUAAAAUAACAAUAUUUUUAAUUUUGCUACUUACUCCCCUAAAACAUAACAAAGGAUAUAUUGAUCUAACUCUACUUCAAUUGUCUUUUAACAUGUUUUAACUACAUCAUAUCGGUCUCAAAUUUUGCACAGAUGUCAAAUAAGAAAGAAAUAUUUUCUGAUAGUUAUUUGCAUUUGUUACAAGAAAUGAAGUCUGAGAAUUAUGAUUUAAUUCGUUUUGCUUCUUAUAGAACUGCUUGUAAACUUCGAUAUAUUCAAAAAAAGUUAUUCUUGCAUAUUUUGGAUAUUUGGAAUAUUAUUGAAGCUUUUCGAGAAAAUGGAUUAAAUAUAUUAGAAUCACAUGUUGAAGUUGAUAUAUACAAAUUGGAAAACGUAAUAUCUAGUCUAUAUUUUAAUCUUAAUAAACGAUUACCAAGUGAACAAUUAGUAGAUGCUGAUCAACUGACAAUAAUGCUACUUAACUGGAUCAUAUCAGUUUAUUCGCUGUUCUAUCAAGCCUUGUAUAUUAAUAAAAAUUAUAUUUAUUUGUACCAUAGAAACAAAACAAUAGGAAGAAUUAGAGUGUUAUCUAUUAAAAUAUCAUUAGCUAUAAUGUGUUCAGGAAAACUUAUGGACAAGUAUCGAUAUAUUUUUUCACAAAUUUGUGAUCAGAAUGGACAUUUGAUUGCCUGGAAAUUUCGAGAAUUUUUAAUUGAAGUCUUAGCAUUACCAGCUGUUGUUUUUGAAUCGCCUUCUUUUCAAUACACUGAAAAAUUGCCUUCAGAAAUUUUUGUUAUGAAUAACAAUGUUACUGUUAAUGACUUUAUGAACAUAAUGAUGUCAGAUCCUGGACCAGCUUGUCUUGUUUGGUUACCUUUGUUACAUAGGUUGGCGAAUAUUGAAAAUGUUGUACAUCCAAUUUCAUGCAAUGCUUGUCAAUGUAAUAAUUUCAUUGGAUUUCGUUAUCGUUGUCAAAAAUGUCAUAAUUUUCAAAUGUGUCAAGAAUGUUUUUGGAAAGGAAAUGUUGGAUCAAGUCAUUCAAUUGAACAUGAUGUUAAAGAAUAUACAAGUUAUGUUAGUCGAAAAUCUCCAAGUAAGCACAUUGGGCAUUCAAUAAGAAAAUCCAUUCAUUGUGUACCAGAAAAAGAAAAAGCAAAUAUUAUUCCUCAAUUUCCAAAUGAACCCGAAAAAACUAUAAAUUUAUCACAUAUUAUACCUCCAUCUCCUUUACUUAAUCAUUAUGGAUUUUCAGAGGUGUCUUUAAAUAGUCAAUUUAAUACACUAGACAGCAAAAAUAGCUCUGCAAGUCCCGAUAUACAUGCGAUAAGUUUGGACUACAAUUCUAUGGAUGAUGAACACAAGUUAAUUGCUCGUUAUGCAGCAAGAUUAGCAGCAGAAGCAAAAUCAGUUGGUAAAGUUUCAUCAGAAGGUUUCUUAAGUUUAGAUACUUCAAAAACUCAAAGAGAACUUAUUAUGCAACUUGAAUUAAAAAACAGAGAAAUAUUGAGAGAAAUAACAAUACUCAAACAACAACAAGCAAUGGAUGGUUUUUCUUCUGGAAUGGAUGAAAAUCCAGCUCUUAUGGAUGAACUUUUUGCUCUAAGAAAUCGAAAACAUGAGUUAGAAUCUCACCUAACAUCUCUACAAGAUUCUAGAAAACAAUUAAUGGUUCAAUUAGAAAAUUUAAUGAAAUUACUUAGAAAUCAUCAAGAUUCUCCUCAAUCUACAAUAAAAUCUUUAUCUCAUUCAAAAAAAGUUUCAAAAUCAGCUCCACCUACACCAGAUGCUCUGUUAAAUUCUAUUUCUACAUUAUCUUUUACAUCUACUUAUGAUACAAAUAUGAUAGAUGAUGCCAUGAAAUCAGUGAUUAGUAAUACUUCUAAUCCUAAUACUUCUGAGCAUUCAUCAAUGUUUAAUUCAAAACUAGUGUCAUCUGAAAGUAGAAACUUAAGAGAGGAUUUAUUAGUUGCUGCAGAUUCCGUUACAAAUGCAAUGUCAUCUUUAGUCCAAGAAUUAAACUCAGAUAAUCCUGUUCAAGAAUUUUUAGAAAAUUUAUCCUUACAUAACAAAUCAGAUUAUUGCAAAAAAGAAGUUAAUUUAUAUAAUUAAUAAAGACAUAAUAUACAUAAUUUAUCAAGAAUUAAUGAAUAUAUAUUCAUUCUCGGACAGAUAAAUUGCAGUAUUAAUUAAGACGCCUGAAUAACUUACCUAAGUCUUAAGCUCCUACAUUGAUGGAGAUAACAAUAUUGUUUUUUUAUUUUAUAGUCAUUUAACUACCAAAAACGUCAGAAGUAAAUUAUUUGUUGCUAAUAAUUAAUUAUUACAUGUAAACUAAUUAAAAUUAAUGCUACAGAAUAUUAAGUAUUAAAAUUUGACUUUUAAUGUGCUGAUAUACAAGUCUAAACUCCUAUUUUUUGUAUGUGUAAAUAUACUUUAAAAACACAUUCUUUUAUGUAAGUAUUAUUAUAUUAUCUUUAUGCUAUAUUUUUAAUUACUAAUUUUUCAAUG